GAAUCUUUUAACUUGUAUAACAAGUUUGUUCAAUAUCAGGGUAGUGAUUUGCUGUCGUCGUUGUCGUCGCAUUUGAUUUGUUUGUGAGGGUUUCUAGUUUGAUUUGGAUUUUCAAUGGGGAAGCAUAGUGGAAAGAACAAGAAGCAAACAGGGCAAACAGGUGAUAACAAUAUGAAGCAAAACAAAGUUGGGGGAAAUAGUUCGAAAUCGUAUGAUUUGGACACGGCAGUUUUCAUUGCCCUGUCUCAGGAACUGAAGGAAGAGGGAAACAAACUGUUUCGGAAAAGGGACCUUGAAAGAGCAAUGAUGAUAUAUGGGAAGGCUCUCAAAUUGCUUCCAAAGAAUCACAUAGAUGUGUGCUAUCUUAGGACCGAUAUUGCUGCAUGUUAUAUGCAGAUGGGGUUGAGCGAGUACCCCAAGGCAAUCCUUGAGCUUAAUUUGGCCCUGAAGGUCACACCGAAGUAUAGUAAAGCUCUCGUAAAGAGAGCUCGGUGUUACGAGUCUUUGAAUAGGCUGGAAUUAGCUUUCAGAGAUGUUAAUGCAGUUCUUAACAUGGAGCCUAAUAAUACCAUGGCAUUAGAGAUUUCACAAAGGGUAAGAAGUUCACUAGAAAAACAAGGUUUACUGGUUGAAUUACCUCUGGAAUCCAUUAAACCUCAAAGUACUUCGAAAAAUCAGAAAGAUGUCAAAGAGAAAACCAAGAAGAUUAAUGAGGCUGAAGAAUACGCUGAACCACCAAGUGCUUCACAAAUUCCGAAAGUUGUCAAGGAGAAAACCAAGAACAAGAAGAUCAGUGAAGCUCGAGAUAACAAGGUUGUGGAUCAAAUUGAGGAGAAGAAGGUUGAUGAAAAUGUAGAGGAAAAGAAGGCUGAGGAUAAAUAUGUUGAACCACCAAAUGCUUCCCAAACAUCGAAAGUUGUCAAAGAGAAAACCAAGAAGAAGAAGAAAAUCAGUGAAGCUCAAGAUGACAAGGUUGUUAAUCGAAUUGAGGAGAAGAAAGUUGAUAAAAAUGUAGAGGAAAAGAAGGCUGAGGAUAAACAGGUUGUGGAGGAGAAAAUUAGCAGUAAAAUGGAACUACCAAAGCAGAAUGUCAAGUUGAUUCUGGGUGAUGAUAUAAGAUGGGCUCAGUUGCCACUUAACUGCAGCCUUGUGCAACUAAAGGAAGUAAUUCACGAUCGAUUUCCUAGCUCUAGAUCAGUUCUUGUCAAAUAUAGAGAUGAAGAAGGUGAUUUAGUCACAAACACCAGUGAUGAAGAGUUGAGAUUGGCUGAAAUAGCAGCAAAAUCACAGGGUUCUCUGAGGCUGUAUGUUGUAGAAGUUGAUUCCAAGCAGGAUCCGUUCUUCGAGAGAUUUAAGCGUGUGGAAGUUCACAAUCUUGGCAUCAAACAAGGUAAGGCUGCUGAAAAUGGUGAUGCUAGAAAGGUUAUGGAAAACGGGAAAGACUCAUGUUGCAUCGAUGAUUGGAUAGUUGAGUUUGCUCAACUAUUCAAGUACUAUGUUGGCUCGGAUUUUGAUGCAUACUUAAAUCUUCAUGAAAUUGGUAUGAAGCAAUAUUCUGAGGCCAUGGAAGACACAGUUACAAGGGAAGAGGCCCAGGACCUUUUUGACAUGGCAGCUCAGAAAUUCCAAGCGAUGACAGCAUUAGCAUUGUUCGACUGGGGAAAUGUUCACAUGUCAAGAGCUAGGAAGAGGGUCUAUGUCAGCGAAGAUGGUUUGAGAGAAUCCAUACUUGAGCAGAUCAAAACUACCUAUGAUUAUGCACAAUUAGAAUACAGCAAAGCUGGUAAGAGAUAUGAGGAAGCACUGAGAAUCAAACCAGAUUUCUUUGAAGCUCAUCUAGCUCUUGGGCAACAAAAGUUUGAGCAGGCAAAACUUUCUUGGUAUUAUGCAAUUACAAAUAAUGUUGAUCCGGAGACAUGGCCUUCUGAGAACGUCUUGCACCUCUAUAACAAUGCCGAGGAAAAUAUGGAGAGGGGUAUGCAGAUGUGGGAGGAGUUAGAACGGCAGCGCAUACUCGAGCUUUCCGAUUCAAAGAAUGAACAAAAUCAGUUGAGGAAAAUAGGAUCGAAUGGUUUUCUCAAAGAUAUAUCAGCAGAUGAAGCUGCAGAGCAAGCAAUCAACAUGAGUGCUCUUAUAAACCUGUUAUGGGGUACUAUACUUUACGAACGUUCAAUCAUUUAAUU